UCUCCAAAUAAAUCUCCAAAUUCAGAGAUUAGAAUGUUUUGGCAUCUACGAGCGCAAAUGGGCUAGUAAUAUGAGUAGUAUUUUCUCCAAUUUAAGUUUGCUGCACACCAGAAACGCUGGGUUUAGGUGAAUUAGUGUACGGCGCUCGUUCGGGAAGCCGGUUUCUUGAUGCCGUCCCUGCGUCGCUGUCGCUAGGCGAAUGCCUAGACAGUUUGUAUGUGCUAAAAUACAUUUAACUUCGUCUUUGAAAGUAAAGUCUGUUGCGUAUCUUUGUGUCAAUCCUCGAAUUUGUAUUUGGCGAUACAAAAUGUGUCCCAGGUGAUAGUGACAAACGUGUAAUAUGACAUUUUCAUAAAUAUUUUUCAAACUCUACAUUGAUGUCGAAGUCCUUUUCGAAGUCCAAAAUACAUAUUUUAGGACUAAAUGUCAUAUCAUUCUCAGUUCCAUACUCGCUAAGUAAUUUGAACGUACAAUCAUAUGAGUUUCUGUUUUUGUUUGUACACAAACAAAACGAAAUAGGAAAUGUUUUCAUUCUAUUUCCUGUCAUUGCAAUAUUACCGUGUAUGAUCAAGUACCCAGAAGUCUGCGGCUGCUAAGAAGUGGGUCGGAUUCAUGAUUGUGUUCAUAUUUUAAGUGUUCUUCUUUUACACAGUAUAACGGUGACUACUAAAUAAUAUAAAUACAGUAUUAUUUUAACGUAAAUAUCGACGGUUGAAAGGUUAAUUGAUCUAAGCGAUAUUUAGUAAAACUUGCAGGACUUUGUCAAAAAAAUUCAUAUUACAGACGUUGGUCUUCAAAUAUAAGUGUGCGCCACUGCCGGCAGGUAGAGAAUGAGAACGCAGAGGUGUGGUGGUUCAGGUCUUUACUAAUCAAAGCUGUGGAUUAGCGGAGACGGGGAUCACGACUGGACGAUACAUUUUAGGUUGCAGACAUGAACAAAAACCUCUAUUACAGAAGCAACUUAAAUUUCUGUAGCAAGAGGAAGAAGUUUACAAAAAUAAAAUUAAAAAGAAGACAUCACACAGGAGUAUUUUUUGGGUGCAUAAUUUUUGGAGAAAUAGAAGUAUUCAUGGUGAAUUUCAUACGUUGUCUUUUGACCACAUUGUCAACUAUCCAGAAAAGUUUUAUGAUUAUUACAAAAUGGACUACCAAAAGUUUCAAAACUUAUUAAAUGUGUUGCGGCCAUAUAUAGAAAAACAAAAAAAACUAAUUACAGGCCCACUAUCUCGAUUGAAGAGCGGUUAUCUCUCUGUCUUAGCCUUGCUUGAUUCAACAUUGUACAGACGCAUGAGUCUGUGAUUCGAGUCGGCGUGUCGAGUCGACAGUUCGAGUGUAUGAGUCAAGUCAGUUAGUCGGAGAACCUUUUAAGUUGCUACAGAAACGUAAAAAGCAAGUUUAAAAAGCAACACUCUGAAGCAAAGAUGUUGAUAAAAGAUCCUAUACACAGAGAUGCUUUGGUGAGUGCUAUAGAAGAAAAUGGAAAAAAUUGGGAAGAGGUAGCAGUGACAGUAAAGCAACCAAUAGAGGUUUGUCAAAAAGGUUUUGAUGAACUAGUUAAGGAAUGCAAAAAAGAAGACAACAAGGCCAAAAAGGCUAUAUUGGGAACCGGUGGUGGCCCUCCUAAUCCAGCAUAUAAAGAUGAUCCGUUAAACUCAAUUAAAAAGUUAAUAGAACCUCAAAUUGAUGGUCUCUUCACUAUUUAUGAUAGUGAUGCCUUACUGAUGUCGCAGUAUCAAUUAAGUUUAGCAGAAGAAGAAAGAAUUAAGCCAAUAGAAGAAAAUAUUAUUGAGUUUACAUCGGAUAUUGCUCCAGAGUCAUUUGAAACUACACCAGAUAAACCAACAUCUUGCACUCCUGUACAAUCAAGAGUGCAAAUUCUGCGUAAGAAAAAAGAAGCUGCUCUCUCAAGUCACAGAGGAAACAAAUCCAAGACAUCAGUAAAAGACAGCUUUCAACAACUUUCUGAAGCCAAACUAGAGUUGGUAGAACUGCAGAAAAAAUGCCUAGAAAUCGAAUUAAAACAUAAAGAAAAAUUCAGGAAAUAGAACUGUUAGAGUUACUCAAACAGAAUAAACACAAGGAAGAUGUGAGAGAAAAGGAGCUUUUAUUAUUAGAUCUUAAGAUAAAACACUAUGAGGCUUCAAAAUAAUCUCAUUAAAAAUAUUACAAAUCAA